UUUAGGUCUGGGUACCAGCUGCAUGUUUUACAAGAUUUUGUGAAGUUCAUUUGGAAAAAAUCUUUCAAAAAAACAACUAAAAACACAAACGAUCGCAAUUUUUUUAGCUUUACGGCUUUGUUGUAAGAUAAAGGAGAUCUAUGGCUUCACAAACAAGCAGCCAGCAACUCGUUCAGCCGAAAUCUUGGGGUAGGUUGAAAGAUGAUUUUUGGGUUGUUUUUUUCGUCGUGUUUUUUUGGAAAUGUUUGUAGAUUAUGUUUUAUAUAGCUUGGAUCUGCUUUGAUGUUUGUCAUUUUAGUGUUUUGUAGUAUAUAUAACAUAAUAAAGGCUGAUCUGUUAUUUUUGAAAGAUUUGUGUUUGAUUUUACGUAUUGUAAACAAGUGACAUACAAGAUAUGAGAUAUCUAAAGAUCAUGACAAGGUCAUAUUUUCAAAGACAUGUAUCCUAGGUAGCAUUCUGCAAUUUUUUAUGUAGCCCUACACUAGAUACAUACACCAUCAAAAGAUGCUAUCAAAUAGGUCGACACUGCAUUGUACGCCAUCAAAUAUUUGUUUUGUAUUAUUUGGGUAAGAUAAACUGUGAAGAAUGAUACCACAAAAAUGUGGAGCAGCAGCUCUUUCCGACCAUCUCGGGCACAUCCGGUGGUGGUACAGCUAGGUUCUUACUCAUCGUACUUAUGUUCCACAAGCAUCAGUACCGGACCUACCAGCAUCCAAACAACAAGAACUAGACUUGAUAUAAUGGUAGUCCAGUCACUAUAGAUGGUGUUGUGUACCACAGGUUGCUGACCAUGUUGCAGGCAUACUGGAGUUAUAUCUCAGCUUGAGUAUUUAUUGGGAAAAUGUUGGCCCAAAGAUUGUGGGACAAGCUUGACACUUCUGCACAUGCUCAUUCAAAAAAUUGCCCACCCCCUCACAUGGGUAACAGCAAGCAUUGAAUCUUGUUCUAAUUUCUCAUGGAUUGUAUGUCGGUAUUCCCAGUUUGAAUCUACCAAGCACCUUCUCUAAGUACUCAGGUUUCCUCCCGUAGUGACACUGGACCUCUAGGGAGAACAUUUUAGAACUGAUAGAACUAUCAAUAAGAGAUGAUCCUUACUGGAUUUUAAAACUAGUGGUCACAGGCAAUCUAGUAUAUUAUAAAUUUAUAUCUAAGAAAUUUUUGUUCAGAUCUUAGUCUGUAUGAGCUGCACAGGACACCACAAGAGGCAAUCACAGAUGACACAGAGAUCACCAUCUCCCCCAGGAGUCUUCACAGUGAACUCAUGUGCCCGAUCUGUUUGGAUAUGUUGAAAAAUACCAUGACAACCAAGGAGGCAAGUAUCUGUCUUAAAACUCAUCGAGUUAACCCUUUAAGUGGCAAUCGAUGUGCCCUAGUACUUUAUACUUUGUCUAACACCAGACAAUUUUGCUCAUCAAGGAGAAAAUGCUGGUGCUGAGUGGGUUAAUCAGACCAUCUUCCCAUGCAUCCUGUUAACCCUUUAAGUGGCAGUGUGCCCAUAUGUGCCCUACUGGAUUAUUUUACUCUGUCUAACCCCACAUGAUUUUACUUGUCAAAGCGAGAGCUGACACUCAAUGGGUUAAUUUAAAUUGGAUCAAUCAUAUGAUUAUAUAAUUGUACUAUUUUAGUGUCUGCACAGAUUUUGUCAAGAUUGUAUUAUCACUGCUCUGAGAAGUGGGUAAGUUUCAGCAACCUCUAGGUAGUUUUGUUUUUAUUACUUGAAUUAUUUAGUUACAGUAUGUUUUCUCUAGAAAUAAAGAAUGUCCAACAUGUCGCAAAAAGCUGGUGUCGAAACGAUCCCUCAGACCAGACCCGAACUUUGAUGCUUUGAUUGCAAAGGUUCGUUUAAUGCUGGUUAAUCAGAGCAGAGCAGAGACAACUUGACUAAUUUUCAAGGACCUUUAGCUCAUUUCAGCUUUAGUUUAGUGUUAUUUCUUUACUAGAUCAUUUGCUAAGUCAUUUGCAGAGUCGUUCGCCAACAAUAUUGUAUGAUUGAGUUUCUUAUCCACUUUAGAUCUACCCUGAUCGAGAAGAGUAUGAAGCACACCAGGUUAGCCAUUUCUUUAUAUGUCUAACACCAAACGAUUUUACUCAUCAAGGGGAGAGUGCUGCCACUUAAAUGUUAGACUCCAGUUAUAAGUAAAAUUUAGCUGUAUUUUGUACUACUUUUAUCAUAUAUUUCUCUGUUUUCUACCAAGGAAAAAGUUCUUCAGAAGCUGAGCAAACACCACAACCAGCAAGCGCUAACCAGCAGCAUUGAAGAGGGACUGAAGUUACAAGCAAUGAACAGAGUACAGCGAGUCGUAAGUAGAAAUAUUUCAUUUUCAGAGAUAAAAGCCCAGUCUACCAUUGAUCAUUUAAUAAAAUUGAAUAUAAUUAUGUUUUCAGCGUAAACUCUCAAACGAAGAACAGUCCGUUCCCAACCCAGGUAUACGGCGCUGAUUUCUAAGUCUUACGCCCGUAUUCUAAAAGCUCACUCACACUCAAAGAGUGGAGGAACGUUCAAUUUGAGCUUCCCUUGAGUGUCAAUGCUGUUUUUGAAUAGCUGGAGGGUGAGUAGUCACAUAGUAAGGUACGACACUAACACUACAGCUAUUCAAAAACUGCACUGACACUCGAGAGAAGCUCAGAUUGAACCUCCACUCAUUGAGUGUGAGUGAGCUUUUAUAAUAACAGCAAUACAGGCGUUACUUUAGUCCCACAGGCAUCGUCUUGCUAAACCAGUGAUUCUAAAUUUUAGAAGCAACAGGCAGUACACCGUCUCCGAAUGCGUCAACGUCCAGAGAAAGCACUCCUGGUUUAACUCCUAAAGUUAAACGACAAAAAACUGGCGAGGAAUCUGACGAAACUCUGGAGAAUGAAAGUUAGUUUUGGGGGCAUAGAGCAGUUGGAAAAUUUGAGUGUCUCUGACCGGUUCUCCAUCUGUUCUUAUUACAUGUCCAUACCAUCUCAACCUUGCUUCCCUCACCUUCUCUGCAAUGUCGACCACCUCGCAUCUUCUGAUCUCUUCAUUCCAUAAUGUCUCUGACCAGCUCUCCUUCAUCUCUUCUUAUUACGUGUCCAUACCAUGUUAACCUUGCUUCCCUCACCUUCUCCGCAAUGUCUAUCACUCCACAUCUUCCGAUUUCUUCAUUCCAUAAUGUCUCCGACUGGCUCUCCUUCAUCUCUUCUUAAUACAUGUCCAUACCAUCUCAACCUUGCUUCCCUCACCUUCUCCGCAAUGUCUACUACGAUACAUUAGUAAAAGAAUGUCUACUUCGAAUUUCUCUUGACAUUCUGGUACGAAUUCUUUCUGUUUUUCCCCUCAGAUGUAGUGGAAUCUGUUGGUUUACCUGUUAGCGAAGCUGUGGAUGCAAGCAAUGUAUGUAUCAAACAAAAAAUUACAGAAAAUACAAUAUUAUAAACCUUUUAUCUUUCUUGUGUUCAUUGAAACCAACACAAUAGAAAAGUGAUGUUUUUAAUAAUUUCUCAGGAAAUCGAGCUUGUGUUUAAACCGCAUCCGAAAGAUCACGACCCAGAGACAAUACGAAAACAAACCAGAUACAUCAAGACAACAGCUAUUGCAACUGGUAUGGUAUACAAACUGAUCUCUUUCUCUCUCCAUGCAGAACUAGUUUAGUGUCAUCAUAAUCUAGAACUGUCUGUUCAUGUGAUGCCUACGACAAUAUUAGGCACGACUUCCUCACUGUUCUCACCAACAAUACAUACCAAAGAGAACAAAAUCCAUCACUUGACAUAUUAAAGUCAACUGAAAAUGAAACGAUUCUUAAACUAUCCAAGUUUAUUUUUUCCUGUUUCGAGCUAAGAGAUAAACACCUUGAAACCAUGGAUGCUGAACAAUAUCUCACUCAAUAUUACCGUAUUUGACCUUUAUCUUGUAAACAGCUUCUUUAGCUUGUUGUAAUCUUGUAAUAGGUCAUAUUUAGCCAAUAGUACAGUAGUUAUUGUACCAACAACAACAGCAACAACAACAACAACAACACCUCUCAUUUAACAAUGCUAUUUUAGUGGACCAUCUCUCAAGAUAUUUAUCAAUUCGACUCAAUAUUGAAGCCGGGGGGGAAGGUAAAUAUUCACUUGUAUUCUGCCAGAUUAAUAUUGAAGUUUACUAGUAAGAAACUAUAAUGAUAUAAAUUAUACUUAUUUUCUGUUAAAUUCAGAAGGAGAAAAAGAAAAGCCAGAUUACACCAUAUACAUCGCAACAACGCCUGGGCAAUUUACGGUAAGCGAAUAUUUAGUUUGCAUUAGUUUAAUCAUUGUUGAUACUAGUCUUAGUUACGUUACGAAUGGAUUUCCUUUUGUUGUUUCAGGAGUUACCAGGAAGCAUGAGCUUGGAUAACGUUAAUGAAAAGGUAAUCAUUUGGCCAAUUUAGACUAGAGGCAGAUGAGGCUCUAGCCAAAACUGAGCGCUUUCCAGAAGGGUGUAAUUCGGUACACAGAGCAUGGUUGAAAAUUUUCAUAUUUUUUUUCAGUAUUGGAAAGUGAAUAAACCGCUGGAGAUGUUCUACUCGAAAACACAGCCAAGCUCGUGAAGAUUUUGAGGACUUGAGUACAAUGUUCAGCACAAGACUGCCUUUGGACAAGUUUGGAUCAACGGAGUUCGCAACAAAAUUGAAAACCUGAGACAAAUAUACGAACAGUACAGCUGGCGAUAUGUAGAACUUUUGUGUGCUUUGUAAUUUAAUAUUUUUGUGUAAAAUGUGAACCCACAAAGUUAUUUUCAACAAGAUGGUUGUCUCGUGAAAUCUGGUGUACAAUAUUUAUUCUACAAUAAGCUGCCGUGG